AUGUCAAACUUCCCCAAGCUAAUCCCAGCCUUCACCGUCCAGAUUCACCUCGGCACCCCCUCACCAAUCGGCACCCUCGCCCACGGGCCCUCCCAGCUCCACGCUCCCUUCCUCCCGGACGCGGGCGCUCUCGUCUCCGAGCCGGGCUACCCGCUCCGCAUCGACGCCGUCUUCCUCCACGGCUCCGACUUCCUCCGCUUCGACCCGGACGGCAACACCGCGCGCCUCGAGGUCGCCAGCGCGCUGCGCGACAGGGCCACCGGCGCGGUGAUCCGCUUCGACUACACGGGCACGAUCGACAUCUCGGGACCCGCGGGGAGGGUGUUGAAGGAUCUCCCGGGGGCGGCGACGACGGAGUUCGGGGAUGCUUUCACUUCCGCAAAGUUCGAGUCCGGGCACGAGGCGUUGAGGGAGCUGCAGAACAAGAUCUACGUUGGGUCCGGGCGGUUCGUGCUCGAGGAGGGGAAGCCGAUUGUGGUGGAGUACAAGAUCAGCGAGGUCGUAGCCUGA